UGUGGGCUCAAUCGCGUUGUGUGAUUCAUCAGUAGCAGAAUGUCUGGUCGUGGCAAAGGGGGAAAGGGACUCGGGAAGGGAGGUGCUAAGCGCCAUCGGAAGGUGCUUCGUGAUAACAUUCAAGGUAUCACGAAACCGGCUAUUCGUCGCUUGGCUCGUCGCGGUGGUGUAAAGCGUAUUUCUGGGUUGAUUUAUGAAGAGACCCGUGGGGUGCUGAAAGUGUUCCUGGAAAAUGUAAUUCGAGAUGCUGUGACUUACACUGAGCACGCUAAACGGAAGACUGUCACUGCCAUGGAUGUAGUGUAUGCUCUGAAACGCCAGGGUCGCACUCUCUAUGGAUUCGGAGGCUAAAUCUUAAGGCAAUUUUAAAACGACAGAAAAACACAAAGGCUCUUUUAAGAGCCACCCAAAC